AUGUCUAACUCAUCUGCAAUAGUCAAUUGGGAUAACAUAGCUUGUAAUGCUCUGCAUUCUGCACAGUCAAGCAUGUUCCCUGGAUAUAAAGAAACACAAGGUCCUUGUAAAAAGAGAAGAUUUGCAGAAACUGCAAAAGUAAGAUAUCUUCCAGUUGAAGAAGCUGCCAAACUAAAGUCUGGCACAAGAACCACAACACUGAGUACAUGCAACUCUUCCUUAAAUGAUGGGGAACCAAAUGGUGCUGGUGAUAGUAUGGCUAAACAGGGACUGGAGUUGGGAUUGGGCAUGGAAAACGUUACUCACAUGAGCAUUUCUUUAGGAGCGGAAUUCAGUUCAGCUCCCAGGACAGAAUUAGGUCAUAAAGGUGAUACUUCUUAUGCCUUUGUGUCUGCUGUGGAGUCCGAAGUUUCAAAUGGUCGGAAAAGGCAUCUGGACCACAAUUCUGCUUCUCUGCCACCAAUAAAGCCUCAACUUAAAGGCAAGGAAAUCACACUCUUCAGAGUAGAAAACAUGUCUUCCAGUCUUCCGUUAACUGCUUUGUUGAGGACUCUGGUCGUGGAAGCAAAUGCAUGGCCUGCCUUCUAG